UUGUGUUCCCUGUCAGGUUAGUCAUUGGUGGUAGCUAGACACCAUCUAGUUCUUCAAAUUUAAUUCUUGUAACAACCCUACGAAGUAGAAAUAUUCCUAUUUUACAGAUGAGGAAAUUGAGCCUCAGAGAACUUAAGCAACCUGCCCAUUAUCACACAUCUAAUAAAUUACAGAUUCACUUCCUGGUCUUUUGGCUUCAGGAAUACUGUUCUUUCCCAACUGCUUUGCAUUUAUAUUUCUAGCAGUCUCAAAUAUUUAUUUAAAUUGAGAAAACACUUUUAUCUUAUAGAUGAAAUUUAAGGAAAAAGAAUACAGACAAGCAUGGAAUGUGAAGACACAAGGAAAAUACAAGGAAUGAAGACUGACCUAAACUUAUUAUUGGAGUGUCUAAAGCAUCAAAUGGACAACCCUUUUUCACAAAAGGAAGCUUUGGUCACUAUUCAUUCAAUUUGUCAACAAAACAGUAAUGCAAGUGUUUAUUUUCGGGAAAUUGGUGGUUUGAUGUUUGUAAAAAAUCUUGCAAAGUCAAGUGACCAUAGCAUGGUAAAAGAAGCAGCCUUAUAUACAUUAGGAGCUGUUGCAGAACAAAAUGUUUAUUGUCAGCAGACUUUGUGCACUUCAGAGUUGUUUGAAGACUUAAUUUCGUUCCUAUCUAAUAAUGAUUCUAACAUAAAUUUGAAAAGAAUGUCUGUCUAUGUUAUUUUGGUUCUGGUUUCAAAUAAUAGGAUUGGACAAACACUUGUGAGAGAAACAGGUUGUAUUAAAGUUCUGUCACAGUUGUUCAGGACAGUUCUUUCAAAAUAUGAAUUGAAUUUGUCAGAUGAAAGUGUUUUCCAGAGUUAUCAGUUAUGGUCUUCAGUGUGCAGUACUCUAUGUGUCUGUGUCAACAAUCCUCAAAAUGAUGACAAUCAAACAAUUUGCUGUUCACUUUUUUUACAUGCUAAUGAGUGGUUAAUAAAUUGCGUGAAACCUGAGAUAAUUCGCCCUCUUUGCUCACUUAUCGGACUCACUCUUUCAAAUAAUACACAUGUUCAGAAAUACUUUAUAUCUGUGGGUGGAUUGGAUGUAUUAUCUCAAGUUCUUGUGAAACUGGAAUCUGAUUCACACAAGACUCUUGCCAGUGCUAAACUUGCAGUGGUGGUGACAAAAACAGUGGAUGCAUGUAUUGCUGAUAAUCCUACUUUUGGGGUAGUACUAGCCAAGUACCAUAUUGUUUCAAAACUUCUGGCAUUACUGCUUCAUGAAAGUCUGGAUUCAGAAGAAAAAUUUAGCAUUAUUCUUACUCUUGGUCAUUGCACAGAGGCAUGUGAGGAAAAUCAGUAUGACCUUUUUAAAAACAAUGGGCUUCCACUUAUGAUACAAGCCUUAACUGAAUCGCAGAAUGAGGAACUUAACAGAGCUGCCACUUUUGUGCUUCACAACUGCAAAAAAACUACUGAGAAAUUAUCUCUAAGUUUAGGAGAAUAUUCUUUUGAUGAAAAUGAAGCAGAAAAAUUAAAGGACAUAAAUGAGAAAGAGGAGAAUCUUGAAGAGUACUGGAAGAAAGCAAAGAAAAUUCUACACAGAAUAAAACAGCUUGAAAGAGAAAGAGAUGAGGGUCACAUACAGAGAGAAGAAUAUAAGGACAGUGUUUCAUCUAUGAAGAUAAAUACUCAGAAACACCUCCAUGCCCAUAAUAUUGGUCAAGGUACCAAAGCAAAAGAUAAGGAUAAAAACCAGUCUAGUCAGCCUCAGAAUUAUAAGUCGCAUGGAGUUAUGUCUAAAGCAUAUUCAAAUGAUGACCAGAUGAAGACCCUGUUAAAGAAUGCAAAUCCAGUUAAUGCUUGUUAUAGGGAGAGUGGGAAAAAUAAGACUGUAUGUAAAGCCAGUUCAAGCUACAAUCAAAACUUACAUGAAGAAAAAACUUUUGAAAAAGAUAAUUUUGCUUCUCAGUCAAGUGAUCAUGUUUUUAAACAUCCAACUUCUAUCAUCAAAAAUAGAAAACAGCGGUUAGCAGUAACAGAUCCGUUUACAUUAUGUUCAGAUAUAAUAAAUAAAGAAGUCAUCAGUUUUCUAGCAACUGACAAUUGCUCCAAAAUAUUGAAGUAUAGGUGCUCAGGUUGCAUAGCAGUAGGAAAAUCCCUGAAUAGCCGAAAUUUUAGCAAGCUCUUGCACUCUUGCCCAUACCAAUGUGAUCGUCACAAAGUCAUUGUGGAAGCUGAAGACACAUACAAAAGUGAACUAAGGAAAUCACUUAUCUGUAACAAAAAAAUUCUGCUGACCCCACGUAGAAGACGACAGCUCAGUACUGAAUCUACUACCUGUGGAGGAAUAAAGAAAAGAAGAAUUCGUAAAAACUUUACUGAAGAAGAAGUAAAUUAUCUUUUCAGUGGAGUUAAGAAAAUGGGAAAUCACUGGAAUUCAAUUUUGUGGUCUUUCCCCUUUCAGCAAGGAAGGACAGCUGUGGACCUUGCUCACAAAUACCACAAGCUGACCAAACGCCAGAAGUGUGCAGCUUCUUGAUUGGAUAAAGACUUUAUCAGUUUUUAAUUUGGACUCAAAAUACAGUGCCUUGAAGAUAUAAAAAUUAUAAAUAUUCUUUUGAACACCCAGAGAAUGUGGAAAUAGGUUUCCAUUUAAUUAAAAAGUUUUUGUUAUUCUGGAAAUCAUCAAAUUAUUACAAUAAUUUAAAAAAAAAUACAUUUUCAGUGUGCAAAUUAUUAAGAGAAAAUGCUUUCAUAAGGUCAAAAUUUGUUUAGGAAUAUGCUUUUAUUUUUCUUUAAGCUCAAAGAACAGCUCAGAGGAAAAAAAACUUGUCAGUCUUUGAACAUUAUUUGACGUUAUAGUAUAAUUAAUACUAUCUGAGACGUUUGGAUUUUUGUUUUUUUAGACCCAGUGCCAAAGUUUAUCCCCAGAAUUUAGAAAGACAGUUUCCCA